AUGCAGAGCGCGUAUGCUUGUGCUGGAUCUCCUGGGUCCAGCCAUCCAACGGAGCCAGCCGCGGUCCUCGUCCGGGACACGCAGUCGUGUAUACCUCUCUCGCGGGUGCUCUCGGAAGGCGACCUCUUGUACAUCUUCACCCCGGUGGUCGCGCCUCAGGAGCCCAGUGGUGGCCCUCCUUCUGACCCCUUCGAGAUCUUUGGCAGAGCACUGGCAAAAUAUCACCCUUGGAUCCGCCACGUCCCGUACAACGCCCGUGAUAAGAUCACCCCGUACCACGCAACUCACAUCAACUUUGCGAGAGCCGUCAUCUUCGUCGUCUCUGGACCGCCGAGGCCGGGCCAGCCUUCCCAGCUCGAGCUGUCGGAAGUGACUCGGGCCAUCAGUGAGCCCCGGCCCCAUAUCAUCCUGGCCUGCUGCAGGUUGCCUGAGUUGCUCGAUGGAGGGGACGACCGGUAUCCCACCGUCAUCGAGAUACCCGGCUUUCGUCGCAAGGAGCUCGAGGCGGCGGCAGAGCUGCUCUUUAGGCGGCAUGUCUCACCAGCGAUAACGGCACCUCCUCCUGCUAGUAUCCAGCAGAUCGCUAGCUUCGCGCCGCGGAAGUGGGGGGUCGAGAUAUGGGAUGUCGGCAGGGACCUGGCGACGGUCCUGGAGCUCUGGUGUCAGUGCCUACCAGACUCCUUCCGCCUGGAUCGCUUCCGCCUGCAGUCCUUGCUGCAACGGGACGGCUAUGCGAUGCACUACGUGGUGCGUGAGGAGCGCACCAAGGAGCUCCUGGGGUUCUGCGCGACGUACACGACGUUCAUGGACGAUCAGGACUCGAGGCUCCUGGGGUCGCUAGCCGCCAUUAUUGUCAAACCUUCUUAUCGGCGGAGGGGAAUCGGGCUGAGCCUGCACGACCACGCGCUGCGCCAACUUUCCAGGAUACGAGGGGUCUGCCGACUCCAGCUCGGCAGCGCAUUCCCUCGGCUCCUGUACGGCGUGCCUAUGGAAUUUACCUCGGAGGACUGGUUCCGGCGCCGGGGCUGGAGGGUAGACGAGCAAGGGCCGGGAACCGGUCAGGAAGUGUGCGAUUGGCUUCUAGACUUUGACGACAGGCCCAUGAGCGAGUUCUCGUCGUCUAGACUGACGUUCAGAUCCUGCGAGAUUCACGAGUACAGCAAGGUUCUCCAGAUAGUGGCGAGGGAGUCGGUGCGCAGGGACAACAUGGGCUGGUACGAUCAGUACAGCCACCUGGACGGCACCAUGCACAUAAGCGAAGUCAUCCUCGGCCUGGAGGACGACAAGAUUGUGUCUACGGCGAUCACCUACAUUCCCAACCGUGGGAGCCCCAUCGCCGAUGAUCUGAUCUGGGCUGGAACGAUACCCGGCAACGUUGGCGGCGUGACAUGUAUUUGCAUUCUAGACGACAUGCUUCGAUUUACUACGCGUGAUUCUGUUAUAAUUCGGCUUCUGGACGCCUGUGUGCAGGUGCUUCGAAGUCAGGGCAUGGAGAGAAUGUUUCUGGAUGCAGUAAAAGGAGGCCAAGAAGGCUUCCAGUCUCUGGGCUUCCGCAAGUGGGCGAGAUAUAGAGAUGUAUGGCGUGAUGUGUGA